ACGCAUCGUCGCCUGGGAAACGACGCGACCCGCGGCAGGCGAGGGGGUGGGACUUCCGGAGCAGUUAGCGCUGUGAAAAGUUCUUAGCGGAGGUGGGAGAAGGCGGGACUUCCUGGAGCAAAUUGGGGACGUGCGCCGCUCAAGCCGGUUUACCUGCUUCCUAGGGCCCGCACCCAGGAUGGGCGAGGUGGAGGCCCCGGGCCGCCUGUGGCUCGAGAGCCCCCCAGGGGGAGCGCCUCCAAUUUUCCUGCCCUCAGACGGGCAAGCCCUGGUCCUGGGCAGGGGACCCCUGACCCAGGUCACGGACCGGAAGUGCUCCAGAACUCAAGUAGAGCUGGUCGCAGAUCCUGAGACCCGGACAGUGGCAGUGAAACAGCUGGGUGUUAACCCCUCAACUGCCGGGACCCAGGAGUUGAAGCCGGGGUUGGAGUGCUCUCUGGGGGUGGGGGACAUACUGUAUUUGGUCAAUGGCCUCCACCCACUGACCCUGCGCUGGGAAGAGACCCGCACACCAGAAUCCCUGGCAGAUACUCCACGUGGCACUCCUCCGGUGUCCCAAGAGAAGAGGGAUCCUGAGCCCCUGAAGAAGCGGAUUCGGAAGUCAUCCCCCGGCUGGGAGAACUUGGAGAAGUUGCUAGUGUUCACCGCAGUGGGGGUGAAACCCCAGAGCAAGGUGGCUGGCUUUGAUCUGGAUGGGACCCUCAUCACCACACGCUCUGGGAAGGUCUUUCCCACCGGCCCCAGUGACUGGAGGAUCUUGUACCCAGAGAUUCCACGUAAGCUCCGGGAGCUGGAAGCUAAAGGCUACAAGCUAGUGAUCUUCACCAACCAGAUGAGCAUCGGGCGUCGGAAGCUGCCAGCUGAGGAGUUCAAGGCCAAGGUGGAGGCUGUGGUGGAGAAGCUGGGGGUUCCCUUCCAGGUGCUGGUGGCCACGCACACAGGCUUGUACCGGAAGCCAGUGACAGGCAUGUGGGACCAUCUGCAGGAGCAGGCCAACGAGGGCACGCCCAUCGCCAUCGCGGACAGCAUCUUCGUGGGAGAUGCGGCCGGACGCCCAGCCAAUUGGGCCCCAGGACGCAAGAAGAAAGACUUCUCCUGCGCGGACCGCCUGUUUGCACUCAACCUCGGCCUGCCCUUUGCCACGCCUGAGGAGUUCUUCCUGAAGUGGCCAGCGGCUGGCUUCGAGCUCCCCGCCUUUGACCCGAGGACCGUUUCCCGCUUGGGGCCUCUAUGCCUCCCUGAGUCCAAGGCCCUCCUGAGCUCUAGCCCGGAGGUGGUUGUCGCCGUGGGAUUCCCUGGGGCUGGUAAGUCCUCCUUCCUCAAGGAGCACCUCGUGUCAGCCGGAUACGUCCACGUGAACAGGGACACACUGGGUUCCUGGCAGCGCUGUGUGACUGCCUGUGAGAUGGCCCUGAAGCAAGGGAAACGGGUUGCCGUCGACAACACAAACCCGGACGCCCCGAGCCGCGCCAGGUAUGUCCAGUGUGCCCAAGCCAUGGGCGUCCCCUGCCGCUGCUUCCUCUUCACUGCCACUCUGGAGCAGGCGCGCCACAACAACCGGUUUCGCGAGAUGACAGACUCUUCACACGGCCCCGUGUCAGACAUGGUCAUGUACGGCUACAGGAAGCAGUUCGAGGCCCCAACGCUGGCGGAAGGCUUCUCGGCCAUCCUGGAGAUCCCAUUCCGCCUGUGCCUGGAGCCAAGGCUGGAGCGGCUGUACUGCCAGUUCUCCGAGGGCUGACCCACCCCGCUCCCUCCACAAUAAACGCUGUUUGUCUUUGAA